UGCUUCUAGCUCGUUUUUAUGGAAAAUAGCCGACGCUUACGGAUUCUCGAGUACUGUGUAUUGUUGUGUAUUUCAUCUUCAGAUUUACGUUUUCUAUUGCAUCUUGUGUCUAACGCUAUAUUUCCAAAUGGAUUUCCAAAGCUUCUGGGUUAAUUAUCAGAUGUUUGGUCUUUUGUUCUUCGUGCUGAUGGCGCACACCGCUUAUGGAGACGUGAGCUAUUCUUUCCCGGAGGAGAUGAAACGCGGAUCUAUGAUUGGAAAUAUAGCAAAGGAUCUCGGGCUCGAUGUGAACAGACUGUCAUCUCGUAAGGCUCGUAUUGAUACUGAAGGUAACAGAAAACGAUACUGUGACAUUAAUCUGAAUACUGGAGAACUGACCGUAGCGGAGAGAAUCGACAGAGAAGAGAUCUGUAAUGAGGGGCUUUUAUGUGCUCUUAAUUUCGAAUUAGUUCAAGAACACCCGCUGGAGAUACAUCGUGUCACUGUACAAAUACAAGAUAUUAAUGAUAACACCCCAACAUUUCCUAAAGACACAAUAAAGCUUGAGAUAAGUGAAAAUGCUGAUAAAGGCGCUCGGUUCCGCGUGAAUGAAGCUCAUGAUGCUGACAUAGGAAAGAACGGAGUACAAAGCUAUUCGAUUGAAAAGAAUAAUCAUUUUCUUUUAUCUGUUAAUACAAAGGCGGAUGGUGGCAAAAAUAUUGAGUUGGUGUUAGACAAAGAGUUGGAUCGUGAGCAGCAGAAAGAGGUGACAUUAAUUCUCACUGCGGUAGACGGCGGGACUCCACCGAGAUCAGGUACUGUAGCCAUACACGUCACUGUGCUGGAUGCUAAUGAUAAUGCUCCAGUCUUUAGUCAGGCCGUCUAUAAAGUCAGUCUGCCUGAAAAUUCUCCUGUAGAUACUGUAGUGGUGACAGUGAGCGCUACUGAUGCUGACGAGGGACAGAAUGGAGAAGUGACAUAUGAGUUCAGUCGUAUUUCGAGAACUGCAAAUGUACUAUUUGCUCUAGAUCAAAAGAAUGGGGAGAUUAAAGUUAAAGGCUCCAUUGAUUUUGAGGUGGCAUUAAGAUACGAAAUGCUUAUUGAGGGAAAGGAUGGCUCUGGUCUUUCUUCUGACACUAAAGUAAUCGUAGAAAUUACAGAUGUUAAUGACAAUGCCCCCAUUAUAGUGAUUAAGUCAUUGAACAGCCCCGUUCCUGAGAACGCGUUACCCGGUACAGAGGUUGGCAUCAUUAAUGUUCAGGACAGAGACUCUGAGAAUAACGGACAGGUGCGCUGCUCCAUUCAGCAGAACGUCCCAUUUAAACUCGUUCCUUCAAUCAAAAAUUACUAUUCUCUGGUGACCACAGGUGAAUUAGACCGCGAGCUGCUCUCUGAUUAUAAUCUUACAAUCACUGCUACUGAUGAGGGCUCUCCGCCUUUAUCUUCCACUAAGAAUCUUCACUUGACUGUUGCUGACGUGAAUGAUAAUCCACCUGUAUUUCAGGAACACAAUUACAGAGCUCAUGUGCAAGAAAAUAACAAACCGGGCUCCUCUAUUUGUUCAGUAUCAGCUACAGACCCGGACUGGAGACAGAAUGGCACUGUAGUUUAUUCUCUGUUGUCCUCUGAUGUCAAUGGCGCACCGGUGUCCUCCUUUCUGUCCAUUAACGGAGACACCGGGGUCAUUCAUGCCGUGAGAUCGUUUGAUUACGAACAGCUGAAGAGUUUCAAAGUGCUCGUGUUAGCCAGAGACAACGGUUCUCCUCCUCUGAGCAGUAACGUGAGCGUGAGUGUCUUCAUAUCGGAUGAGAAUGACAACUUCCCUCAGAUAUUAUACCCCUCUCCGGAAGGAAACUCCUUCAUGACCGAGAUGGUGCCCAAAGCUGCGCAGGCGGGCUCCCUGGUCUCCAAGGUGAUCUCCGUGGACGCGGAUUCUGGCCAGAACGCGUGGCUCUCGUAUCACAUUAUUAAAGCGACUGAUCCGGGACUUUUCACUAUCGGUGUCCACAGCGGGGAGAUCCGGACGCAGCGGGACAUUUCUGAAUCUGACAGCAUGAAACAGAACCUUAUUGUGUCCGUGAGAGAUAACGGACAGCCCUCUCUCUCAGCCACGUGCGCCUUGUAUUUACUCAUAUCAGAUAACUUGGCUGAAGUUCCAGAACUGAAAGACAUGUCUCAUGACGAGAGCAGCUCCAAACUGACGUUUUAUUUGAUCAUCGCGCUGGUGUCCGUUUCCACUUUCUUCCUGACCUUCAUCAUCAUCAUCUUGGCCGUGAGGUUUUGUCGCAGCAGAAAGCCCAGACUGUUGUUUGAUGGAGCUGUAGCCAUUCCCAGCGCGUAUCUCCCUCCAAAUUACGCAGAGGUGGAGGGCGCGGGAACUCUCCGCAGCACUUACAAUUAUGACGCGUACCUGACCACGGGCUCGCGCACUAGUGACUUCAAGUUCGUCAGAUCUUAUAAUGAGGGCACACUGACUGCUGACCUGACUCUGAAAAAGACUCAGUCUGCUGUGGAUGAUCUUGAAGGACUUGAUGCAGAAAUGAGCGACUCAUUUCAGGUAGGACUAACAAAGUAGUUAUUCUUUAAUGGUCUAGGCUUCCAUAUUAAAUGUGUAUUUGUGUUCAUAGUUGACCGCUUUGAUUGGCAACAGGCUCUUAAAAAGAACAAGUAAAGAUUCUUUGAGGGACAAGUUGAAGUCAGAAAAGUAGCUACAUUAAUUAUUUUAUAUUUAUAAAUAUUUUUUAGAUUAUUCUGGUCAUGAGUUAUCAAUUGUAAGACAUGAUGCAUGAUUCACGAAUUUAUGUUUUACGUAUUAGCGUUUUUAUCUAUUUUUUAUUUUGUACGUCUUUCUCCUUUCUCUUUCCCUGUCUCUAAACUUUCUAAAGUCAAAAACCUUGCUUCGACCUUUUAGAAGCCUUUUUUCUGUUAUCUGAGUCAGUGUGCUGUCUGAUCUCUUGUUAACUGUGUAGCCAAGUUUGUGAUUAUUGAUUUUUUUUUUUUUUUUUUUUUCAUCUUAUCGAUGAGGCCUUGAUGCGAAAUGCAUUUUGUAAAUAGUUGUAUUUUAUUUAUUUUUUUAGUAAAUAUCCGUUGUCAAUUAUCUUUAAAGUCUUGAUGCCGAAAUUAGUUUGUUUUAAGUUAGGAUUACCGAUUUUCUUCUGUUUUCGCGAUAUUCUCGUAUAACAAGUCUACAUUUUAAAUUUGCAGUUGCAGUUUUGUAUUCAAAACGAACUGUGUUCAUAGGGAUUAGUCUCCUGUUUCUCGUAAAGAAACGGAUCCGUUGUGUUGAUUUUUAGGCUUUAUAUUGAAGAAUUUGCAAUUAUUUUUUGGUUGAGCAUGGAUUAUUGUAGCUCACAACUUGUAAUUUUAUAAAUUACGUCUUUUUUCCUUGAUUGACGAUUUAAAGUCAUGCCAUAUUUAUCGCUGUGUAUUAUUCAUAUUCGUAUCACCAUGUUAUUUUAUUGGUGACUGAGGCCUUGAUUUCGAAAGAAUUAACGACAUUUGCAAAUUAAUUAGAAAGUUAAACUUUUUUUUCCACGCCAAUUUACUUGUCCAUUUAAAUUCUAUAAUUCUUUAUGCAUUCUCUAUAACUUAAUGAGAAAUUACUUUGUAGAAAUUACUCUGUAACUUUUUGCUUUUAUUUCAUCGUGGUGUCCUUAAUAUGAAAUAUUUUAGCAGCUCCAUGACCAAGACGUAGACUUCAUUACACAAACUUUUUUUUUAAGACACGUGUGGCCUUAACUCGACUGAAAUGAAGUUAUUUGAGUGACAGUGUAUCGUGUUUUAUUUGAGACUGUACUAACGCAGUGUUUCUUUUAGGAAUGGUUUGAUUUACAGAUUUCUCAUGUAUUUGUGUUCUAAACUGAGUGCUUUGUUUGGCAGCAAACUGCUCUUGGCAGAUCUUUUGGUUCUUUCAUGUACUUUUAUUAGACGCACACGUGACAUUUUAACAUCAGAGAAGUACCACGCCUUAAGUUGUCUUCAAAUUCAUAUAUUGUUUGGUCAGGUGGGCAGUUGUAAGUCAUGAGGCAUGAUUCACAAAUUGAUGUGUUUUAUACGUGUCUGUUUGUUUGUUUGUUUUUCACUAGCUACUAUUUUGGAUUUAAAUAGGUUAAAAGUUGUUUGUUGGUGAUCUUUAGAGGUAAGAAAUCUAGUUUCUGUCUCACACUGUUAAAUAAUCCUGCCUAUCUUCUUCUUUUUAGAGAUCAUUAGUAGGCUGUGUGUCCAUAGAUUCUGCUAUUUGUAAUCGAAUCUAUGAAUGUUAAUAUUUUUAAGUAGUUUUACGUUUUCUCUCAUCCAUGUCUCUUUUAUAUAUUGAUGGUUUAUAGAUGGAAUUAAAUUCGGAUGACAGAUAUAUGCCAUUGAGUGUAAUUUUGUAAAUGUUCUUUUAGUCUGAAUGGCAUAGAACAGGUUUUCCUUGUCGCUGUCCGUGGUGCUGCACUGUCAUUAACUCUUGGUGUUUGGGUGUGUUGCUUUUUCCCCUUCUUAUAGCUCACACCACUCCAUUCUGCUAUAGCUUUUGUUUUUUUUGUAUACUACACAUCCUGUGGUCGUCUUUCUCUCUUACUUUCAGAAAAUGUUGCUGCUGGCUCUUGUUUUGCUAAACAAUUUUAAGUAUAUAACAAGAGUUCUUUAUAUGAUCCGACACUUAUUCCUGUCAAAAAUGUAUCUGAUUUUUUUUUUUUUUUUUUUUUUUUGUAGUUUCUUCUUUUAACUCACAGUGUCGCUGUUUACCUGCAAAACCAUGUGUGUGUUCAGUACACAUUUCUCCACCCUGCUUCUGAUGUCAUACACAGUUUCAGGCUCGUCUCAUUAUAGAAAAUCGUCGACGGUGAUAGAAGGACUGUAUUUCAGACACUGGAUUUAUUUGUGCACUUAUGUUUUUUUUCACAUGUUACUUGAUUUUCUGGAUUUAAUUUCUGAUCAAUUUCUGAAACAUUUCAAAUGUUCUGUUUUGCUGUCGAGAUGUUUGGUCUUUUGUUCUUCGUGCUGAUGGCGCACACCGCUUAUGGAGACGUGAGCUAUUCUUUCCCGGAGGAGAUGAAACGCGGAUCUGUGAUUGGAAAUAUAGCAAAGGAUCUCGGGCUCGAUGUGAACAGACUGUCAUCUCGUAAGGCUCGCAUUGACACUGAAGGUAACAGAAAACGAUACUGUGACAUUAAUCUGAAUACUGGAGAACUGACCGUAGCGGAGAGAAUCGACAGAGAGGAGAUUUGUGGAAAGAAAGCUUCAUGUGUUAUUAAACAGGAGCUCGUGCUGGAAAAUCC